CGAUCUUAUCGCGCCUUUGCGAGCUCAAACUCGGCCUCUUCGCUCUUAGCAUUUUCAUUCGUUGUCUUUGUCGGUUAUAAGGCGCAAGCCGGGCAGCAUGUCGAAUCAGUUCUGUGCUGGCCUUGCCCUUGUCGUACCGUGCCGUGCCGUCGGUUCAGGUUUCGCAGUUAAUCACGCAUUCCAUUAGCCCGCUUCCUGCUGUUGUUGCUGAUUGACCUUUGAAGAUUUGGUUUAGCAGGAGAUGACCAAGCAGCUGUGCCGCGGCGGCCUGCUGCGCUGGAUUGUGCAGCUGCUCAGGACGCUGCUACUCCGCAUCAUGUCUUACUUUCGAGGCGAGCCGCAAACCAACUAUGCAUGCCAUAGCCUUCAAAUUGUGCCCAAAUUUGUGCCUAUACCACGCGUCAAGGGAUUACCCCUAGUGGGUACGCUCUACGAUUUGAUAGCUGCCGGUGGUGCACCACAAUUACACAAAUAUGUGGAUGCACGACAUCGCCAGUAUGGAGCGAUAUUUCGGGAACGCUUGGGCGGUACACAGGAUGCAGUGUUCGUUUCGUCGGCGAAUCUAAUGCGCAGUGUCUUUCUACAAGAGGGUCAAUAUCCGCAGCAUCCGUUGCCGGAUGCCUGGACAUUCUACAACAAGCGGCACGCCUGCCAGCGUGGACUCUUCUUUAUGGAGGGCGCGGAAUGGCUUCACAACAGGCGUAUACUUAAUCGACUGCUGCUCAAUGGUAAUUUGAAUUGGAUGGACGUGCAUAUUGAAAGCUGUACGCGCCAGUUAGUCGACAGAUGGCAAGCGCAGACAGAGCAGGCAGACAGAGAUGGAAAGCACUACGAAUUGCCGGACUUGGAGCAGCAAUUGUAUCGUUGGUCGAUAGAAGUGCUCUGCGGCAUCAUGUUCGGCUCCAGCGUUUUGACCUGCCCCAAAAUGCAGUCCUCUUUAAACGAAUUCACACAGAUCGUUCACAAGGUCUUUGAGCAUAGCUCGCGACUGAUGAACUUUCCGCCCAAGUUGGCGCAGUUGCUCCGCUUACGCAUCUGGAGCGACUUCGAGAGCAAUGUGGGCGAGGUGCUGCAGCAGGGUGAAGCCAUCAUAGAGCUGUGCAUUAAAUCACAGCUCGAGCAGCCACAAUCGGAGCAGGAGGAAGCUCUGUACCACAAACUGCAGGCAGCGGCUGUGCCCAUCGAGAUGAUCAGGCGCAUUUUCGUGGAUCUGGUCAUAGCAGCAGGUGACACGACUGCCUUUAGUAGUCAGUGGGCAUUGUAUGCCCUCUCGCUCGAUCAAUUGCUGCAACGACGCAUCGCCCAGGAACGUGCUGCAGAUCAGUCUAAGCUGCUGCAUGGCUUGAUCAAGGAAACGCUGCGCCUAUAUCCAGUUGCUCCAUUUAUAGGACGCUACUUGCCGCAAGAUGUCCAAAUUGGCGGUCAUUAUAUAGAAAAAGAUACUCUGGUGCUUAUCUCUCUGUACACAUCUGGUCGUGAUCCAUCACAUUUUCAUCAACCGCUGAGAGUGCUGCCAGAACGCUGGUUUCUUGGCAACACCGAGCAUCAGGUGCAUCAGACUCAUGGCAGCCUGCCCUUCGCCAUUGGUCAGCGCUCCUGCAUUGGACGACGCGUGGCCUUGAAACAGCUCCACUCAUUGCUGGGCAAAUGCGCCACCCAGUUCAAGAUGCAGUGUCUCAAUCAAAAGCCAGUGGAUUGUAUCCUGCGCAUGGUCACAGUGCCCGAUCAGACAUUGCGCCUUGCAUUAAGGCUCACAUCUAAAACGAUCGAAACGGCACCAGUCUAGUUAUCCCUCAAAAUAUAUU